AUGGAUCGCACGAACCGGGGUGGUUGGUGGUCGGGCGAGGAAAAGGCCUCAAGAGCCGGAUUAAUGCUUUGCGGAGCGUAUGAGGAAGCACCUCUGACCUACGAUGUCUACAACUACGGAUUUACAGACAGGCCAGCCAUCAAAACGACAACGAUCGGGAAUGACAGGAUGUUGCUGUCUGAGGCAUGA